ACGAAUUUUCCCCGGUGGGUCCUACGGACAGACGUGCACCGCCCACCCGCCGCCACUGGCUAGAGGUUUUGCUUGCUGUGAGGGCCGGAAUCCUAAAUCCACUCCCAUCAUCGCGACAGUCAGAUUUUCGCUCUUCGAUACCCCGACGAACAGCGAAAUCGUGAUCACCAACCACCUACCGCAAAGAUGGCUGACGAAUACAACGCCGAGGAGGCCGCUGAGCUCAAGAAGAAGAGAACCUUCCGCAAGUUCUCUUACAGGGGUAUCGAUCUCGAUGCUCUCCUCGACCUUGGCUCCGAUGAGCUCCGCGAUGUCGUCCACGCCCGUGCCCGUCGCAGGAUCAACCGUGGCCUCAAGCGCAAGCCCAUGGGCUUGAUCAAGAAGCUCCGCAAGGCUAAGCAGGAGGCUAAGCCCAACGAGAAGCCCGACCUCGUCAAGACCCACCUCCGUGACAUGAUCGUUGUCCCCGAGAUGAUUGGCAGCGUCAUCGGUAUCUACUCCGGCAAGGAGUUCAACCAGGUUGAGAUCAAGCCUGAGAUGGUUGGCCACUACCUCGCUGAGUUCUCUAUCUCCUACAAGCCCGUCAAGCACGGUCGCCCCGGUAUCGGUGCUACCCACUCUUCUCGUUUCAUUCCUCUCAAGUAAAUGCUCUGGGAAAUGGGUGGUACUUGCAUUUUGUCUCAAAUCAUGGGUUCGGCGAAAACGGACGCGGGUUUGCUCAUUUGGUCAUGGCAUGGACAAAUGUGCCAGGGACUAUCUUAGUUUUGACGAGAUAGUACAAACGAGUAAUGAUGAGUGCAACGUUCUAGGUGAUCACACACAUAGCUCUUGUCCGCGGUUUCCUUGAUUGAGCUUUGCUGAAUGAGGAGAACAAUAAAACAGAACUCCCUUGGAUUAUCGUAUCUAGCCUGCCUUAUUCAUCACUUCGCAGAUUGAUCCUUUCUUAGUAUCAAGAUUUGAAUAUAAAUCAUAAACACACAUAUCCCCGUUACGGAACUCUAACCUACCCUCGCUGACUAGGCCGUUUCCCAGCAUACCAACGUCAUCGAGCAUACAGGUCCUCAUCUGUUAAUCAUCCUACCAGCCCUCUGCUAUGGCCUUGCCUAGCCUCACCCAUCCUGCACUACUCAACAGUCACCAUCACGUCCUCAACCUCCUCCUCAACUCCCUCAAGCGACCGAACGCACCGUCCCUCACAGCACGCCGCAACAAUACCCCAUAAAGGUAUCCCUACACGUCGCACAUUCACACACGAACCCUUUUUCCUUUUUCCCAUAGUCCCACGUCAGCUGCUCGCCUUCUUUGAUAUCCCUCCUAGCCUGCACGCAAAUGUGUUUUGGUUUCACAAAGUGGGCCAGCCCCGAGGCACCAAUGCGCCACUCGCAGUUUGGGCCGCGCUCGGUACGCUUGCGCGCCACGUAAGCCGAGGAGGAGGAGGAGGAGGGCGAAGUGCAGCAGUGGUUGAUGAGGGAGCCAAGGAGGUAGAUGCAGGCGUCCGAGUUUGUGGUUGGUGUUGGGGGUGUGCUUGUGGAUAUUGAUGCGGAGGCUGUUGAGGAUGAUGUAAUGGGCGAUAGAGUGUUGGUGGUUAUUAUUGUUGGUGAGACCGGGGGUGAUAAUGGUGAGGGCAGAUGAGGGAUGUCGGUCGCGGUUGGGAUAGCGGUGGUCCGUUUAACCUGGAAGGCAUAAUGUUUGAAGAAAUCGUGACACGCCUUUUGUCGGUCUUCCUCCGUCGGGUUGGCGAUGAGCAUCUCGCUCACGCCAGCCACGUACGUCUCGUACUCUUCCCGCGUGAUGAUCGAGCCGGCAAACCGGCCGUGCACGAGGUUCCUGCCAAAGAAUUUCUUCCUUGAACUGGUCACGUCGGGCUCGAUAGACUCGGCAGAGAAGAUGGGCUCAGCGUCUUCCCAGGGGGCAGGCGGGAUACCGUUGCGGGCGGCGAGUAUAGGGAAGGCGAGCGUGACGAUGUCUUGGCCGCCGUCGGCUAGGGCGGCCUUGUAAGCCUGGUGUUGGCUGUGCAUCAGGGAGACGUCGGCCGAGAACUUCUCGUUGAAGAGGGCCGUCAUGAGAGGCGCCUCGUGGAAAAUGAAUUCGUCCUUAGUAAAGUCGCGGGCGGCGAAGAGGCC